CCAUACCAAACUCUAAUAAAUGCUUCAACUUCAAUGUCCUCUUCCUCUACUUAUAUUCAACUCAAAAUCUCAGCUUAAUCUUGUUCAUUUUUUUUUCCACUUUGUCCACAUAAUAUACAUAGAAUUCUUUUUGCUUAGUAAAAUUAGAGAAAAAUGGCAAGCAGUUUGAGAAGAAUAGGGAAUUUGGGUUCAAUUUCAUGGAAAAGGAGUAGUAGGGGGUUUUCCUCAAUAGUUGAAACGCCUAAUAAAAAUAGUGAUCAACUCAGUAACACCAAAUCAGUCAACCUUUUCUCUGCUAUUAAUCAAGCUCUUCAUAUCGCCUUAGACUCUGAUCCUCGUUCUUAUGUAUUUGGAGAAGAUGUUGGUUUUGGUGGUGUCUUUCGUUGCACUACUGGAUUAGCUGACCGAUUUGGAAAACAGCGGGUCUUUAAUACUCCUUUAUGUGAGCAGGGCAUAGUUGGAUUUGCGAUUGGUCUGGCUGCAAUGGACAAUCGAGCUAUAGCAGAAAUUCAAUUUGCAGAUUAUAUUUUUCCAGCUUUUGAUCAGAUUGUUAAUGAAGCUGCGAAAUUCAGAUAUCGGAGUGGUAAUCAGUUCAACUGCGGAGGUUUAACUAUAAGAGCACCAUAUGGAGCUGUUGGACAUGGUGGGCAUUACCACUCUCAAUCCCCUGAAUCUUUCUUCUGCCAUGUUCCCGGUAUAAAGGUGGUCAUCCCACGCAGUCCAAUGCAAGCAAAAGGGUUGCUGUUGUCAUCCAUACGUGACCCAAAUCCAGUGGUCUUUUUUGAACCUAAGAUGCUUUACCGGAUGGCUGUGGAAGAAGUUCCUGAAGAAGAUUAUAUGUUACCUCUAUCCGAGGCAGAGGUCCUCAGGGAAGGUACUGAUAUCACAUUGGUUGGUUGGGGAGCCCAGCUAUCUGUUAUGGAGCAGGCAUGCGCCAAAGCUGCAAAGGAGGGGAUCUCUUGUGAACUGAUAGACCUUAAAACAUUAAUACCUUGGGACAAGGAGACGGUAGAGGCCUCUGUCAAAAAGACAGGACGCCUUCUGGUUAGUCAUGAAGCUCCCGUGACAGGUGGAUUUGGUGCUGAAAUUUCUGCUUCUAUAGUUGAACGUUGCUUCACGAGAUUAGAAGCUCCAGUAGCCAGAGUGUGUGGGUUGGAUACUCCUUUUCCUCUGGUCUUUGAACCCUUCUACUUGCCUACAAAGAACAAGAUACUGGACGCAAUCAAAUCUACUGUGAAUUACUAGUGUUCAUUCAGUCGUGCGGAGACACUGCAACAACAUACCCAGUAUAAUCUCACUAGUCGUGCGGGGACACUGGAGUGCUAUAUUAGUAACAUUUAUAUGUAUUGCCAUAGAUUAUGAUUCGGGUUUCUCUAUUAACAUACAAAUACAAAGCAUUUCCUCCUAUUUGUACUGAUAAUGAUAAUUUAUGCCAAAAAAAUGUAUUCUAUAUUCCGUUA